ACUAAAGGAAAGAUGGAAGCUAAAUGUGAAGGCUUCACCUCGGGAUGAUAUCAUACUGGAAGACAAGUAUAAAAUAUCUGGUACAUCGUCUAAGCUAGGUAGAGUAAAAGCUUACCAUCACUGUACAUUGCUACUUGACGUGGACACUGAAAUCUUACAUGAUGUGCUGCAACCAACCUAUAGUGAUAUGGUCACCAAUGCCACACCCAGCAUCAAGUCAGAGGUAAAGAAUCUAUCCUCAUUGGACCCAUCCCUGCACUACAAUGACGUUGCCAUGGCAAUAUCAGAAGAGUAUAGUAAAGCAUAUACAGCAAGACAACGACCACAUCUACAUGUUAUUGAUCCAUCUGAUAAUCAACAGUUUCCUGGGAUUGAUAACUUUGCUAAUGAAUUAAAGUCAUGGCAGUGGCUAUUUGGCAAAACACCAAAGUUUGAACUUCCUUUAUCCAUAAAGCUCUCCACUGGUGAUACAAAAAUGGUAUUCAAG